AUGGUCCUGGUAAUAAAACUGCUGCUCUUCAUCUGCCUCUGGCCAACAGCUGAGCUAACCAGUGUCAGUUCUCAAAGUGAUCAUCAUCAUUGUUUUCAUCAUCAUCAUCAUCAUCAUCAACAGAAAUGCUCAUCCAUGAAGAAGCAUAACAGCAAACGAGAAAUUAAAAUGAGGAAAUUAGACAGCACCAAAGUACGCCCACUAAAGUCCGAGCAACUUCUCCGCAUAGAUGACCAUGACUUUGCAAUGAGACCUGGAUUCGGAGGGUCACCAAUACCAGUGGGCAUUGAUGUGCAGGUGGAAAGUAUUGACAGCAUUUCAGAAGUUGACAUGGACUUCACGAUGACCUUAUACCUCAGACAUUACUGGAAGGAUGAGAGGCUUUCAUUUCCUAGUACCAAAAACAGAAGCAUGACCUUUGAUGGAAGAUUAAUCAAAAAGAUCUGGGUACCUGAUGUAUUUUUUGUCCAUUCCAAAAGAUCUUUCAUCCAUGAUACAACUAUGGAGAAUGUGAUGCUCCGAGUGUACCCUGAUGGCAACGUACUCUUCAGCCUAAGGAUUACAGUUUCUUCCAUGUGUUUUAUGGAUUUCAGCCGAUUCCCUCUGGACACUCAGAACUGCUCUCUAGAACUGGAAAGUUAUGCUUAUAAUGAAGAUGAUCUGAUGCUGUACUGGAAACAUGGGAAUGAGUCGCUGACUACGGAUGAGCAGAUCUCCCUUUCCCAGUUUUUCAUUGAAGAGUUCAGUGCUUCUAGUGGACUAGCUUUCUACAGCAGUACUGGUUGGUACAACCGCCUUUUUAUAAACUUCGCCCUAAGAAGGCAUAUUUUCUUUUUUGUGCUACAAUCCUAUUUCCCAGCUAUGCUGAUGGUGAUGCUGUCCUGGGUUUCAUUUUGGAUUGACAGAAGAGCUGUUCCUGCCAGGGUAUCACUGGGUAUAACUACUGUGCUGACCAUGUCAACCAUAAUCACAGGAGUAAGUGCCUCAAUGCCUCAGGUGUCUUACAUAAAAGCUGUGGAUGUAUACUUAUGGAUCAGUUUUCUUUUUGUCUUCCUGUCCGUCAUCGAAUAUGCAGCUGUGAAUUAUCUCACCACAGCAGAAGAGAGAAAACAACUCAAAAAAAGAGGGAAGGUUUCAGGAAUGUAUAACAUUGAUGCAGUACAAGCAAUGGCCUUUGAUGGCUGCUAUCAUGACAAUGAGGCUGACAUUGAUAUGACCACCUUUGUGGUCCACUCAGAAGAGAGCUCAGCCCGGGGACGGGCAGCCAGCAUCCCCAACCUGGAUGCAACCCGAAUAAAAAGGAAGAGAUCCUUGAAAGGAAAUGUGGGCAGGAUUAUUUUGCAGAACAAUCACGUCAUUGACACGUAUUCCAGGAUUAUAUUUCCCACUGUGUAUAUUGUAUUCAACUUUUUUUACUGGGGUUUGUAUGUAUGA